GAUCAAUUCCUCUGUUGAAAUUAUAUCGUGUUUAUUAAUCAAAACGGACGGAAAGGUAAACUUGGAGAGAUACGAAUAUGUAGCAUCACAAAUCUUGGCGCAGUCGGUCUUCGGAGAUUUGGGUUCAAAUGGUUUUCUUGUGCUUAAAAGUAAACGGAGCUCGCUGACUUUUAUUGUUCGAGUAGACGGAAUAUUCUUGAAUUAUAGCAUCUUUGACAUUACAGAUAUUCGGACUGAACACAAUGACUGAUUCAUGUCUACUGCUGCUCUUCUUGAUGGCGACAGGAUUGUCAACGUGUCUGGCACAAGUGUGCGGCAGGCCUCCGCUAGGGAAACGCAUUGUUGGAGGAGUUGAAGCGUCACCAGGAUCGUGGCCUUGGCAAGUGGAUAUUCAGAUGGGAUCCAAUGGACAUGUCUGCGGUGGAUCUAUCAUUGCUAAAAAUUGGGUCCUUUCUGCUGCGCAUUGCUUUCCUAACCCCUCAGAAGUGUCUGCGUACACUCUGUACAUGGGACGUCAUCUGCUCAAUGGCUAUAACCAGUUUGAGAAGGUCAGUCACGUGCAGCGAGUGGUCAUUCCUGAAGGAUACUCAGACCCUCAGGGCGGCAGAGAUGUAGCGUUGGUGCAGCUGCGCUCUCCGGUCUCCUGGACAGACAGGAUUCAGCCCGUGUGUCUGCCGUUUGCUGGUUUCCAGUUCAACAGUGGGACCUUGUGCUACGUGACAGGCUGGGGACACAAACAGGAGGGUGUUUCCCUCACUGGAGCCGCAGCUCUACGGGAAGUAGAAGUGCCUAUUAUUGACCAAUCAUCCUGCCAGUUUAUGUAUCAGAUUUUGUCGUCUGAUUCAGCAACUGUUGACAUCCUAUCAGACAUGAUCUGUGCUGGAUAUAAAGAGGGAGGCAAGGAUUCUUGUCAGGGGGACUCUGGAGGGCCUCUAGUUUGUCCUGUUGGCAAUGGGACAUGGAUUCAAGCAGGAGUUGUGAGUUUUGGACUUGGUUGUGCUCAGAAAAACCGACCAGGUAUCUAUUCUCGAGUGUCAAGUUUUGAAAAGCUCAUCCGCACCACAGUUCCAGAAGCGUACUUUUUGGGCCAUGCUUGGAGAAGCAAAAGUCAAAUGCCUCUGGUUAUAGGCCUGUCGUUAGCAUUAGUACUCAUUUGGAGAUAAUGGAUUAGUUAAGCAGAUGGAAUUUACAAGUGACACAAUCAUUCUUCUGUAAAACGCCACCGGUUUUGUUCAUGUGGCAUUAAUUGUUUUUAUUGCACAUUAGAAUGAAGUCAGUGCAAAGCUUCAAAUGAUCUUGCACAUUAUUUUUAAUUAUGAUAUGAUUUGCAAUAUGUCUAUAUGAAAUGAUCUAGUCAUCUGAUCAUGCCUAAGCACAAUCUAGUCCUUGCAUUGUUAUUGUGUUUUAGAGUUAUUAUUAUGUAAUUGCAAUAAUGUCAUCAAGACCUCAGAACACUUUAUAAUGCCAAUAUCCUAAUUCAUAGGAUAAAUUCAGUAUCAUUUUUUUUUAUUUCUUAUUUUGAUUGAUUGUCAUGAAAUUGUAAUUGAUUGACUGAAUGAGGCAUAUGAUUGCACACUGUCCACUGCUUGCUUUCACUCAUGCGUUCAAUAUCAGUGUUGUAACAUCUUAAAUAAUUGUACAUUUUAUAUUGGAUUAGUAUGCCAUUUGUUUUCUCUUUUGCAUGUUUUUUAAUGAAGAUGGAUUUG